AUAAUGUCGAUGAAGCGUCAAUCACAAGAAGACCUCAAGCCUAGACACGAUGGCGGUUCUUCCGAAGAUAAACGUCGCCGUAGAGUGCCUUCUCUUAGAAGUGUAAUUAUGGAAGUAGUAAAUAUGCGUAGAGUGCAACAUUUUAUGGAGCCUGUUUUGGAGCCACUGAUUCGUCGAGUGGUAAAAGAGGAAGUGGAAUUGGCUCUCAGGAAAUACAUGACCACCAUGAAACGGAAUUGUGGGAAAGAUGUAUAUGCUUGUGAACUUAGAAGCUUGAAGCUGAAGUUUUUAGAUGUCAUCUCUCCCCCAGUAUUUACUGGAACUCGUAUAGAAGGAGAGGAAUCUAGUUUGAAAGUAGCCUUGGUUGAUGCUCUUACUGGGCAAGUUGUCUCUAGUGGUCCUGAAUCCUGUUCAAAAGUGGAAAUUGUAGUACUAGAGGGAGAUUUUGAUGGUGAUGAUGGGGAUAAUUGGACUGCAGAAGAAUUUAAGAACAACAUUGUGAGAGAAAGGGAAGGAAAGAAACCUCUCCUUACUGGGGAUGCAUUUUUGUUUCUUAAGGACGGUAUUGGCUGGGUGAGUGAUAUUUCAUUUACUGAUAACUCGAGCUGGACAAGAAGUCGUAAAUUCAGGCUGGGUGCUAGGCUUGUUGAUAGCUUUGAAGGGAUCAGUGUACGAGAGGCGAAGACAGAAUCCUUCAUUGUCAGGGAUCACCGCGGAGAGUUGUACAAGAAGCACCACCCCCCUUCUCUUUCAGAUGAAGUUUGGAGGCUGGAAAAGAUUGGCAAAGAUGGAGCUUUCCACAGACGUUUGAGCAAGGAAAGAGUCAACUCAGUGAAAGAUUUUCUGACUCUACUCUAUCUAGAUCCGACAAGGCUUCGAAAUGUUCUUGGGACAGGUAUGUCCACCAAAAUGUGGGAAGUCACAGUAGAACAUGCUCGAACGUGCUUACUUGACAAGAAAAUGUACUUGUACUACCCAUCUGUAUCUGUGCCAAAAACUGGUGUGGCUUUUAACAUUGUUGGGCAAGUGAUGGGCCUUCUUCCAGACUGUCAGCUUGUUCCUGCUGAUAACUUGUCUGAAACUCAAAAGGAUGAUGCUCGUAAUUUGGUGAUUUGUGCAUUCAGACACUGGGAAGAAGUAGUCUCGUUUGAGGAUGAGUCUUCUCUUAUGGAUUGGGUUAUGCAAAUCUCCACUGUUCAGUUCUCCUCAAACUCACCCAUGGUGGGUACUUCUGAUGGCAGCGACAAUGUUUUAGCUUCCCAGAAGGUUAACAGAAGCGAAUAUCAGCAACUAAGUGCGUCAACGCCUGAUAUCAUGCCAUCCUUCUGUUCAAUUGCUGGUUUCAGCACCUUGGAUGACUAUGUCUUGCAUGGUAUAGACAACAUGGAUGUUACGUUUGACCAACCGCUAAAUUUCCCAGGGCAAGACACCAACUCCUUGAUGGCUGAUACUGAUUCUAUAACUCCCCCGCCAUUUUGUGAUGAUGAUCAUCUGUCUUUCUUUGGCACAGACUAUUCCCUUCCCAGUCCAAACUUUGCUCCAUCACCUGAUCUACAGUGUGCUGUCAGCAGCUUUCUUUCUCAUAAUAGUGCAAUUGUUCCCCUGGAUAAAGCUCAAAGGAGAUGGAAGAUGCUAUUUAGUGUUCUAAGAUGGUUCUCUGUAAGGAGGAUCGUAAACAAAAGAAGCAUCAUAUCUUAAAGAGAGAAGUCCUCGCUAUGCUGAGGCAAAAGAAUCUGUAGGAAAUUGCUGCCCGAGGCAAAAUUGUGUGCAGUAGUAGAGUCAAUAGAAUUUCUUGUGGAUAUAUGUAAAAAUUGGUCAGUUAGCGUGAAUCAUGCUGUCCAGUUUCCAUCUACAAAAAUUGGCUCCCUUUUCUUUUUCAUUUUUUUAAUUUUUUGAAUCAAAAUUUGAGUCUUGUGAAUGGUGCACAGUCCCUGGUGCCAAUCUGAUGAAAAGUUUGUACAUGUUAGGUCGAUGUGUUUAGUGACAGCAGCAAGCUUUGCUGCAUUAUUUAUUUUGUGCAAGUGCAUAUUCCAAUAAUAUCUUGCAUUAAAUUUCGAA